AUGACGUCAUCAAUCAAUAACAAUCGUUGUAAAUUAUUAGUACUUGAUCUUGAUGUUAAACAAAUAAAUAUGGAUAUUUUACGUACAUUUUUCUCAUUAUAUGGUGUAAUUGAAUGGAUUCAAAUAUUUCCAGAAUUUAAUUCAGCUAUUAUUUACUUUGUUAAUUAUCUUAUUGCUGAUCAUCUUAUUAAUUAUCGUACUUGUUUAAUUGGUCAAAAUAAUGUUCGAUUACGUCGUUUUCGAUUAGAUCAAACUAACUGGAAUACUGAUUCUCAUACUUUAUAUGUUAAAUUAAACUUCGAUUGUAUAUUAACUGAAGAAGCUUUACGCUAUUGUUUUCGAGAUUAUCAACCUCAUAUUAAUAAAUUAGAUUUACUUCAUGAUAAUCAAGCUUUGAUUUCUUUUACAAAUUAUGAUUAUGUUGAUCAAAUUCUUCUUAUGCCUUCGAAUGCAUUUAUAAUUAAUAAUGUACCACUUGUUUUUGAACGAAUGAUAGAAAAAAUAAAUAAAAAAUCUCGUUGGGAUCAAGGACCAAGUCCAUUACCGACAGGACCAGUUUUACCUGCUCGUGAUCCAGUUAUUCAUAAAUUAAUUAGUCAUAUUGAAUAUUUAGCCAAACAACUUCGAGAACAACCAAAUCAUUCUCGAAAUGAAAUUGAACGUCUUCAAGCUGAAGUAUUUAUUUUAAAAAAUGAAAAUGCAAGACUUAAAUCAAAACAAGAUUUAUCUGCAAAUAAAAAUCUUGAAAAACGUCUUACAGUAUUAGAAGAUGUAUCAAAUCGUCGUAGUACCAAAGACUAUCAUCAUAUUCGACGAGAACGCAGUAGUAGUAAUGAAAAACCAACGAAACGUCGACGAAAAUACAAACUUGAUGAUGAUUAG